UACCUCUCUCCGGUCUCCCUGCUGGUAACACCAACGUUCCUGAUUCCUUGAGCCAAAGUAAACCACACAUCUGCAGCUUUUAGGUAGGUUUCAACCAAAGUCAGUCGGCCCCCCGUCAUUGAAACACUGCAAUGGAUCAGCACAAGUAUCGCACAGCGGGCGUCCAGGAGAAACUGGAGAUCAUCGGGGUGGAGGACGAGGCAGGGAACCCCAUCAGUGCCCUGACCAUCCUGUCCCUGCUGGAGCGCGUGGCCGGCAUCAUCGAUAACGUCCAGUCCUGCCAGCAGCGCAUGGAGGAGCGUCAGCUGGAGCUGGAGAACAACAUCAAAACCAUCCAGGGCGACGUCCUGAAACUGGCCAAGGACCACACCGACACCAGCGGCACGGUGGAGAAGCUCCUGCAGAAGACCCGCAAGGUCAGCGCCAACGUCAAGGAGGUCCGGACGCGUGUCGAGAAACAAAACGUUCGCGUCAAGAAGGUUGAAUCCACGCAGGAUGAGCUGCUCACCCGCAACAAGUUCCGGGUCGUCAUUUAUCAGGGCGAGACAGAGAUCCCAUCAGUGGCCGUCACCAAGACUCCCAAAGGGCUCGGCCUGGACGGGCUGGAGAUCGAGCCCGACUCCUACGACGUCCCCGUCGACCUCUCCUCAGACGAGGAGUACCUGAGCGUGGAGGAGGCCGACCCCUCGCGAGCCGCCCGCAUCAAGAAAUCAGUGGUGAAGAGCACAGAGUCCCUGAAGGCUGCUUUCUCCAAGGAGAAUAUGAGCAAAACCAAAGACAGCCUGGGCACCAAGUUCCACAACCUGGGCGAGAAGGUGAUGCCGGCCGAGCGGAGGGACAGGAUGCACCAGGCCGGCGAGCGGCUGAAGCAGUCCGGCGAGCGGCUGAAGGAGAACAUCGCCAAGAAGGCCCCCAGCAAAGAGACCUUCCGCAUCAAGCUGAAGAAGGAGAGAGCCGUCGCCGAGGGCCAGGAGGGCGCCGAGGCCGAGGGCGUCGCACCGGCGGGGGUCGCCUACACUGAGGUCGCCAUGGAAACCAAGAGGGAGGGGCCCGUGGAGGAGGCCGGUGCCACCCGGAUAGGAGAAGAGGAUUACAGGAAGUAGAUCGGACGUCAGAUCAGACAGCGCUGACGUAGCACUGGAGAAAGCACGUAAUGGCCAGGAUGUAGAGAGAAGGUCUGCGAUUGGUCGACAUGAACGACGGACAUUUUUAUUUGCCACAGCGUUUUAAAACAGAGGAAGUUCUUGAGAUGGGAAUCGGCACUGACACCACAAACGCAUCAGAGCGCGAGCUGGCGAUUUAUCAAACCUAAGUUAAGUUAAUCAGCUGCUGCCUGUUUUCAACAUUUAUAGAAGUUAAACAGCUGAAAAUCUUUAUUCUGAAUCCACUCAGAAAGAUUCAGCUUCAGGAUUUGUUUGAUUAAUUUGUGAAUCCACAUUUGGGGUUGAGGUUUAUUUGCACAAGAUGGCUAGAAGGGAAGGAAAUAUAGUAAAAGGUAAAUGAUUGGUGAAUGAUGGCGAAUGUCGAUCUGAAUGUACAUACUAGCGUUGUACCAAAAAAACUGGGCAGGUGAAAUUGGGUGCAUGCAGGCCUCAGCUGGUCUCUGAGGAGCUGAAAUACAGCGGAUUCAACGUCAGACUGGUUUCUGUAUGUAAAACAGCAGGAAGGCGAUGAAGUGAAAGAAAACUUCAAGGUGCUUUAAAGCAGCAUCGGCUCCGAUAGACAUCCGAGAGAUUUCAGUGUUGGGCUUCAUGAACCAGAAAUUCAAUGAGGCAACAUCAGUAAACUGUCAUGUGGAGUAAACACUGGAUAAGACACCAUCUGGAGGGGCAGUUCCAUCGUACUGCAGCAUAAAAUACGGCUAUCAGUUACCAGAUAAGCAGAUAAGCAUGAAGUCACAGUGUUGUUACCUUCAUGACAGAGUGAUUCUGCUUCAUUCAGCCUGACACACUGUUCAUGGCUGGUUUCUGGUUUUUUACCUGAUCCAGUCAGCGGUGAGUGUCGUAUCCAUCCCACCAACUUCAUUUUUAUUGACUCACAGCACUCUGUGAAGCUCCAUCACUGGUUUUCGUGGAUGUAGCUAGCUAGCAAGGCAAAUCAAGCUUAUUAGAAAGUGCCUGUCAGCAAGACGUUCGAUACAAAGGUAUUCAGACGAGAACGGAAACAAACAGAAGUAAAGACACGAAAUGAGUUCAAAAAUAAGAAGAAAAUCAACAAUAUACAUAUACAUUAGAUACAAAAAGAGUAUGAUAAUAAUUAACAAUAUUGCCUUAAAGGAUAACUUUGUUUUUUUACAACCUGGACCUUAUUUGUAGCAUUAAAUACGACCAUUUACUCCCCCAGACAACUUUGGUGGCAUUUGGAGUCGUUUUGAAGAA